AUGGGUGGGGCUUGGAGAGACUUCCCAGCUGUACAAGGCCCCUUGCCGAUUUACAGCGACGCGAACGAUAUCUACACAGAGCAAUAUCUCAACAUGGAACAAGAGCUUCAAAGGAAAGACAAGGAGCUCCAGUGGGCAUUAAGGUGCCACGAAAAAGAGCGCAACUCUUAUCAGGGGCGGAUUGAAGGCCUCGAGAGAGCGCUGAGAGCAGAAGAAAGGCAAGGACGACAACUAGAGCGCCGCCCAAAGCUGAAGCGAGACAGAGCCCUCGCAGAACAGAAAUCUCGCAUCACUACCCUAGAAGCUCAAAACAGCAAAUACAAGGGUGAGAUCUCACGUAUAAUUCAAGCAGAGAAGAGCCUACAGCGAGACUAUGACCAUAAGGCCAACGAGAAUGGCAUUCUAGACAGAAGACUGCAGAAAGCUCUCCACGAGGCAGGUCUCAGAAAUGAAGAGAUUCAAAACCUGCGAUCAAUAUUACAAUCUACGCAGGUGGACUUGGAAAGAACGCGAAAACAUGUCCAAGAUGUACAGCGAGACAUACAACAAGUCAAGCUCGCCUACGAUCAAGAGAUUCGCUUAGGCACUCAGCGACAAGAAGAGCAUAGUGACAAGAUCAAGGCUUUGGAGAAAAGACAUCUUGAGGACACGAGCACUUCUGCGAUUCAGCACGCGGCCGAGAUGGAGAUUUUAAAGGAGGAGAAUACCAAGCAGCUAUCGCAAGCUAAGACUGAUCACGACGAGCGUACCAAGGACCUAUCGAACAAACUGGCCCUCAAAGAAUUACGGAUUGCGGCCUUCAGCUCGAGUGGCAACUACAAGCCAAUCCAUGAUAACGGUUUUGGACAAGCAUUGCAGAGGCUCUCUCAACAAGUAAAAAACUUGACGGCCUACGUUCCUACGACAAACCUCAUCCCCGUGGACUCCAAUAUCGAUCCGACAAAAUACUUGGUCAGAAACCCAAACUCAAGCAGAGGUUGGCAGAACUUUGUAAGAAGCGUGUGCUGGAAAAUCAUCAUUCGUGGCUUCUUCGCAUACCAAUUGGGGUUCGGGAGCCUCGGAAGCCAUGGUGAAGGAUUUCAGUCUUUGCUCAUGUUCUACCAGCUUUUUGCGCGAUCCGGCCGAAACAAUGCAAAUUCAAAGUCUCUGGUGUUUCCAACCAACAAGGAGACGAAUUUUGGCCGAGCAUGGUUCUUUGAUGGUAUCCUUCAAAGUGUACGAUCUAACGCAUCAGGAGAUGGCUUCGCUUCAAUGUUUCAGAAGAACGUCUCCUACGUUGCAAUAGAGCUCGCAAAUGCUCUUCAGCGCCUCAACAACGGCAGUCUAGUUCCUCAGGCAGAAAUGCAAAUCCAAAACCUGAUGAGAGAGUUUGGAGAACUAGCUCUUCAAAUGGGCUCACAGAGGGCUCAGGUCUUCUUGGAGGUUUGUGGACACGGAGAUGUCAUUUCAGCUGGCGAACGGUUCACAGAGGAAGCAGAAGCUAAGGGUAUGGUCGAAGUAGAUCUCAUGAUUCAGCCUGGUCUUGUCAGAAUUGGGGACGGGAGAGAGGAUCUUUCUUCGGAGGCCGUCAUCGCUAAGGGAAGCAUCGUUUCGCUCAAGGGUGUUUCAAACCAAUGA